AUGAAUCUUUUUCGAGGUUCUUGGAAUGCUACUGACGAUGAAAUACCAAUUCAUUCACCUGUACGUUUAUUACAAAAAUUAUCAGCUUUUCGUGCAUCAACUGGCUCGACUCCAGUAUCUUCAUCAACAUCACCUUCACCACAAAAUGAACGUAAAUCAACUAUUCUAAGUGAAUCAACGAAUUUUUUCACACGUCUAUGGCGUCCUCAUAUUCAUCAGGAAACACCAUCACAAAUUUUAUUGGCUUCACAUGAAAUAAAUUCAUCAUCAUUUGAUCAUAUACCGGAGCCAACGCCGACACUUACUGAAGUAUCAUCUAUUCCAUCAUCAUCGCUUAGAUCAAAUAAUCGCAUAUCGUUCAUACGUGACGUAUCAUCAAAAAAUCCAACACAAUCAUGUCAAUUUUCAUCACCAUUAGUACAACCACCAGUACCAUUUCAACCACAACCAACAACAUCAAGUAUAAUAACAGAUCCUUCAUUCGAAGAUACAACGUCAGAACAACCAUAUGAUACAGCUAGUGAAUUUUAUUCUCAAAGUUUUGAAACAAACAUCGAUGGUAGUAAUCCAAAAAUUGUUGAUGAAGAAAAUUCUGAACAACAACAAGGAUUAACAUAUGACGAACGACAUCGUCGUUUAAGUUUAUCAGCAAAAUCUGUGAUACAAUCAGUACAAAAGAUAUCUUCAUUGCCAUUGCAAAUGACUGAACAACAUCAUAGUAAUAGUCUCAAUUCACCUGAAGCAAAUAUUGAUGUUAGUAUGGCAAUGGACUACUUUUCUACUCCAAUAAUAACGACACCCUCAGUAACAGAAGAUUUUUCAUUACCAAAUAAUAAUAAUAAUAAUAAUAAUCAGGAACGAACAAAUCAUGCAGAUGUUCGAAAUUCUGAUACAUGGGCACGUAAACGAACAUUAAUGCAUCGCGAUUAUCAAUGGACAACUACAUUGGAUGAUGUAGAAUCGAUAGCAAAUAAUAAUGAUAAUAAUAAUAAUCGAUAUAAUAGCAUACACAAUCCAACAGUUUUAUCAAAUUUAACAACGAACUCCUUAACAUAUACAGGUCAAAAAAAUUCAUCGUCAUCUUCAACAAAAACAAAUACUAAAUCUGAUUCAUCAAAUGUAGUUUUACGUCGACGACAUUCUUCUCGUCGUUUACCAGAAAUUCCUUUGAAUUGUAAAAUCUCAUCAAAUGAUGAUGAAACAAAUCGCAUAGAAGAAAUUGAAUUUCCACUACCAUCAUCAUCAUCAUUAUAUACAACACAUGAACAACAAUCUCAACUUAUACAUGAAAAUUCUCCUUGUAAUCGUUCAACUUGUUCAAAAAGUACUGAUUCAGAUUCAUCAUUAGCAUCUCGUUUAGUACAUACAAAAUUAUUACAUACACAUCAAUCACAAAAUACUAAAUCAGUUGAUUUAUCAAACUUAACACGACGAAAAUCGUUUCUUAUUGUUAAUAAUACAUUAUUACCACAACGUUCACUUGAUUAUCCAUGUAUUGUACGUAAAGCACCCGAUUUAUCUGAUAUUGUUCGACAACGUAUGUUAUAUGCAAAAAUAUCUAAACAACAAGGAGAAAAUUUUUCUCUAAGUCUUGAACGUGAACAUGUACCAAAAGUACCAAGAAAAAUAAUUAUUAGACAAGAUAAUAGCAUCGAAAUCGCAUUAAGUAAACCGCCUAAACUUCGUCGACAAACUUUAUCAGAAGAGUUUUGUUAUGGUUGUAAUCCUGAUAUAGAAUUUACUUCAAUAUCACCAAUGACAAAUGCAUCAUCAACACUUGGUUUACCUAUACCAUCAUCUGGAUCAGGUUUAAUAGCUGGUGACCGUAGAAAAACAAUUGAAACAUGUGAAAAUAUUUAUUUACAUGCUGAAGAAAGUUCAAAACUACGUGCACGUACACCACCAUCAAAUCCACAUCGAAUUUUACUUCAUCGAGAUAAAAAUGAUACAUCAAUACGAACAAAUGGUCUUGGAAUGCGUAUUGUUGGUGGACAAGAAUGUGAAGAUGGUAGUCUUGGAUGUUUCGUAACAAAUAUUUUAUAUGGUGGUCCAGCUGAUGUUCAAGGUAAUAUUGAAGUAGGUGAUCAAAUACUUGAAUUUAAUGGACAUUCAUUAAUUGAAUCAACAUAUGAAGAAGUACGAAUUUUACAAGAUCAUUGUGGUGAUAUUGUACAAUUAGUUGUUCAACAUAAUAAUGUUAGAUUACAAAUAAAUAAUGGUCAAACAUUAUCAUCUAUUGAAAUUUCAAGACAUUUUGAAACUGUACCACGUUUAUCAUCAUCAUUAACGCGAAAACGAAGAAAUUUACCGCCACUACCACCAUCAUUAUCAUCAACGAUUCCUAAACAGCAAAAAAAAGAAUUAUAUGAAACUGUUGAAACACUUGAAGUACCAAAUGUUAAAGAACUUAAACCAAUUUUAAUUAAUCGAGGAAGACUUCUAGCUCAAAUUUGGCAUGAUGUUGACGAUUUGAAAUUAGCUUUAACAAUAAUUCAAGCAAGUAAUCUUCCUUUACGAUCGAAUGGUGAUCAACCAUAUGCAUUUAUAACUGGUAAAAUGCUAUUUGAAGAUCGUGGUUUUGACAUGUUUGAAACAAAAAUAAUUCAUUCAUCAAAUCCAGUUUAUAAUGAAACAUUUGUUUUUCAUGAAGUUGAAAGUGUUGAUGUUCUUCAUCUAGAAAUUUUACUUUGGGAUAAAAAACAAUACCAAACAAAUAAUGAUAGUAUAGAUGAAUCCGAUGAAUUUCUCGGUAUGAUACAGUUACCAUUAAAUGAAGCUAAUCUUGAAGAUGAACCACGUUGGUAUGAAUUACGUGAUCGUCAAACACGUAAACCAUCAGCAACAAGUGUUACAUUUAAAUCAUCCUCAAUAGAAAGUGCUGAUAGUGGUCGUAAAAUGCCACCAUUAUUACUAUCAAAUAAACAUGAUGAAAAAACAAAAACAACUACAGAUGCAUCAAUGCAUACAGUAAAUCCUUCGGUAACAAAUACAAUUGAUUUUAAUCGAAGAAGUUCUUCUACACAAACAGCUUCUAAACAUGCCAAUAUAACUGGUUCAGCAAUUCCAACUAUUAUAAUGACUGAUAUUGAUGAUGAUAAAGAUAGUGAAGAUGGCCAUCGACGUCAAUCAGCAAUAGCUAUACGAUCAGCUAAACUAAAACGCCGAAUAUCAAAAGGAAUAUCAAAAUUAUUCGAUGGUCACACAAGACGUUUUAGUGAAUCAACACCGGAUUCACCAAAAAGUCCAGCAUCACGAAAAUUAUCAUCACAAAUACAGACAAAUAUUGAUAAAGAUCAUCAUAUUGAUAUAUCUGUUGGUCUUACAUUAGAUAAUACAUCUACUAAUAUAAAUAAAUCACCACGUCAAAGUGUAAUAUCAACAAUAAAUCAAGAUGAACAACAAACAUUAAUACGUCCUAUUCCAUUACAACAAAUGCCUAUUGGACAAUUAAUGUUACCUUAUAUUCCAUCAUCACGACAUUCAUCUAUAUCAGGUUCAAGAAAAUCAUCAGCUACAUCUAACUUUGAUAGUGAUGAUGAUAUCGAUAGAUAUUUCACAUUAUCAGAACAACAACAAGAACAAAUAAAUGAUAAUAGUAAUGUUCAAACACAUACUGUUGGUCCAGGACAAGUAACACCAAGAAAUUAUGAAAACAUGAUUCAUGAUUAUAUAAAUAUGGGAAAAAUUCAACUUGGCUUAAUUGUUACAAAAGGUCUUUUAGAAAUUGAUAUUAUAUCUGCAAAAGGAUUAGAACGAAUUAUUGAUGAAAGUGGUGAUAAUAAUAAUAAUAAUGGAGUCAAAAUUGAAGAUACACCACCUGAUACAUAUGUUAAAACAUAUCUUCGAACGGGUACACGACGCGUACAAAAACGUAAAACAGCUAUUAUAAAAGGAAGUUAUAAUCCAGAAUAUCAUUCAAAAUUAAAAUAUAAUGCAUGCAAUGUUAUGGGUCGUCGUCUUCAAGUAACAGUAUGGCAACGUGGUGGUAAAUUUGAAAAAAAUCAAUGUAUUGGUGAAGCAUUUAUUCAACUUGAUAAUUUAACAUUAAAUCAACAUACUAUAGCUUGGUAUAUAUUAUUUCGAGAAAAAUUAGUUGAAAGCGAAUUUUAUGAUUCAACUGAAAUAGGCAUAUUAAUUCCAACUGGUAUAAAAACUGAUGUAUUACGUCCGUUAUAUGAAACUAAUAUUAUCGAAGAACAAAAGAAAAAGAAGAAUAAACUUACAAUUGCAUCAGCAAUGGCUAAAGCUCAUCAUAAUCAACAUGCUGCAUCGGCUGAUGAUUCUUCGGAUGAUGAUACACAUCAAAUUGAUGAUAUUAAUAUUAAUUAUAACAAAAUGACUCCAGCCGAUACACAAGAUGAAGAAGGAGACCUUAUUAUUGCUCCUCAACCAAAAAUAUCAAACGAAUUUUCUCAUCAAGCUGAAAUAACAAAUAACAUUAAUAACAAUUCUGGUAAGCCGUUUAUAUCGUUUUCGGCUUCAACGGCUGAAGAGAACUUACAUUUUGGAAGUAAUGGACCAUCUGUACGAGAAAACAGUGACCUUGAAACUGUUCCGAAAGGUUUAAGAAAAGCUAUUAUUGAAGGUUAUAAUGUUAAUUUGGUUCGUCUUCUUCUUCUUCGAGACAACAAAAAAUAUAAUCGUAAUGAUGAUGUUGAUGAAGACAAAAAUGUUUAUCUUAAACAAAAGGAUGAUCAUCGUUUACAUAAAAACCUUACUAUUCUUGAAUUUAUAUUAGCUUUUACACGUUAUUUAAAUAUCAUCGGUGAUUUUUUUCCUCAACGACGUCGUGAAUUAACAGCUUAUUUGCGUGAUAUAAUUUGUUUAUCUUCUCGUUAUGGAAUAAAUCCUAUUGGUUUGGUUGAAUCGAAAUAUUCAAAAAAGAAACGUUUAAUUGUUGAUUUAUCUGCUCCUCAUAAUGAUAAAGACCAUCCAAGUAUCAAUUCUUUAAUCGAUAAAGAUUCCUGUUCUCUAUCAUUUGUUACUGUCGAUGAUGCUAUUGAAAGUAUUCAGAACUUAGGAAAGAGUGCCUGGAUGAAUAAAGCUGAUAUUCAAGAUGCUUUUAAAUUGCUUCCCAUUAAACAAUCUCUAUGGCCUUUCUACAGCAUUAAGUGGAAUAAUAAUUAUUAUUUCUUUGUAUGCUUACCAUUUGGUUCGCCUAGUUCACCUAAAUUAUUUGACAGAUUAAGUGAAGCUAUUUUUUGGAUUGCUGAACAUAAUUAUGGUAUUAAAAACAUGUUACAUUUAUUGAAUGACUUUUUUAUAGUAGACAGUCCUGAUGAUGGUGGAGAGCGAACAUUUGCCAUGGUUAGUUUUAUUUUCAAUCGGCUUAAAAUUCCUUUAUCAGUAAAUAAAACCGUCCGUCCUGUUCAAGAAAUUGAAUAUUUAGGUAUUAUUCUUGAUUCAAAUCGCAUGGAGGCGAGAUUACCUCAAGAAAAUGUAUUACGUAUCAUGGAAAUGAUGAGAUCUUUACUUAAUCGACGUAAAUGUAAAAAACGUGAAUUACUAGUUGUCCUAGAUCACACGUUAUUUGCAUCCAGGGCUGUUAUUCCAGGCAGAACAUUUGUUCAUUAUUUAUUCAACUUGACCACUUAUGUUCGAUCUCUAUAA